UGGAGGUUGAGGACGUCGCUCCCUAAAUCAACGUGUCAUUUUCAUUGAACAUUUAACUGCUAACAGACAGAGUAACAUUGGGACGGAAUGGUUUGUAGGAGGUUCAUGUGAACACAUGUUGUUCCACACUGAACGCACACCAGUUUCUGAGGAACACAAUGAGACUGUCACACAACUGAGGAAACAGACGAGCGCUGAGAGACGGAGAAGAGGACAGAGGGACACCACGGGACAGAGAGGACGUUAGCGGAUGGGUGAUGCCUUCAGCCCGCAGGGACGACAGCAUCCAACCUGCCUGGCUAGUGAUUAAAGGGACCAAACAGAGAGAAAGAGCGAGACACAGCAGGACAGCCAGGAAUACGGAUAAACUGUUCUGAGGGACACAUCAUGGCUUUAAAUGUCCUACUGCUGGCCCUGCUGACUCUCACCCUGUCUCAGCCUCGCUCCGCUCUGCAUGCCGCUCAGGAGUUCGACAGCAGAGACGACAUACUUGAAAAGGAGUUCAUGUACGCCAGUCGCCCCAAACGCUCCGCCGAGUCACCCGAGGCGGACAAAUGCUCCUACACCUUCAUCGUGCCUCAGCAGAAGACCACAGGUGCUAUUUGCGUGAACUCCAAAGAACCGGAAGCCCUGCUCGAGAAUCGAGUGAACAAGCAAGAGCUGGAACUGCUGAACGGUGAGCUGCACAAGCAGAGGCGUCAGAUCGAGACGCUCCAGCAGCUGGUGGAGGUGGACGGUGGCGUGGUCAACGAAGUCAAGCUGCUGCGCAAGGAGUCGCGCAACAUGAACUCCCGCGUGACACAGCUUUACAUGCAGCUGCUGCAUGAAAUUAUCCGCAAGAGGGACAACGCUCUAGAGGUUUCUCAGCUGGAGAACCGCGUCCUCAAUCACACGGCCGAGAUGCAGCAGCUGACCACGCGCUAUCGUGACCUGGAACACAAAUACCUGCAUUUGUCGUCUCUCGCCAGCAACCAGAGUGCCUUGAUCGUGCAGCUAGAGGAGCACUGUCGGAGAGGAGGCUUCGUCGGUGCAGGUGUUGGCCGACAGGCACGACCUUACCAACCUCCUGCCAUCCUGCCCCAGCCGGCGCAGCAACCCCAACCUCCCCUACACAGACCGCCUCCUCCUCCCAUUCAACAUGCCCCAGCGGUGAGACCCUUCCACCCACCGCCCUACAACCGCCACAUUAACCAAAUGACCAAUGAGAUCCAGAGCGACCAAAACUCUAAAGCAAUACCACAAACUUUACCAACCAUGCCAUCUGGAACCGACAGCUUCUCAACGGAUAAACCCUCAGGACCGUUUAAAGACUGCCUGCAGGCUCUAGACGAAGGCCAAACACACAGCGGCAUGUAUCUGGUGAAGCCAGAAAACAUCAACAAACUAAUGCAGGUCUGGUGUGACCAGAGACACGAUCCCGGCGGCUGGACGGUCAUCCAGAGGCGCCUGGACGGUUCGGUCAACUUCUUCCGAAACUGGGAGACAUAUAAGCAAGGGUUCGGGAACAUUGAUGGUGAAUACUGGCUUGGUUUGGAAAACAUCUACUCGCUGACCAACCAAGGGAACUACAAGCUUUUGGUGACCCUCGAGGACUGGUCCGGCAGAAAGACGUUUGCCGAAUAUGCCAGUUUCCGCUUAGAGCCGGAGGCGGACUUUUACAAGCUGAGGGUGGGGCGUUACCAUGGAAACGCAGGGGAUUCUCUCACCUGGCACAACGGAAAACAGUUCACCACCCUGGACAGAGAUCAUGAUGCCUACACAGGUAACUGUGCUCAUUAUCAAAAGGGUGGUUGGUGGUACAAUGCGUGUGCCCACUCGAACCUGAACGGGGUAUGGUACCGAGGUGGUCAUUAUCGCAGUCGCUAUCAGGAUGGAGUUUACUGGGCUGAGUUCCGUGGGGGGUCGUACUCCCUGAAAAAAGUCACAAUGAUGAUCCGCCCAAAUCCGAACACUUUCCAUUAGAACAUGAUGCAAAGAAAGUCAAGACAAGCAAUAAAGUGCAAUUGUUUAACUUUAUGUCUUUCUUAAUGUUUAUCUACAGUAAUUUACCAGUCAUAUGAAUUCAUAAUAUGCAUACUCAGACCAAAGUAGCAACAUUUAAACUACCAAAGUGCAAUGACUUCCUACACAACUUGACCAAUCGUCCUCAUUGUGUCCUGGCUUUGCUGACAACGAAGAGCAAAUUAAGAUCUUCUCAAGAGUCUUCAAUCAGACAGACCUGGCAACCCAGGCUCCUCAUGACAGAAAGAACUCAAACAGAUCUUCUGUCACAUCAGGGGUGCAAGAUCUCUACAGAAGCUGAACAUGAACAUUUUUUAUGUUCUUAUAAGUUUGUAAACUGAGGCAACAAGAACAAUGUAUGGCAAAACUCAACCAACUGCACGGUGACUGUCAGUAAUUUUAUUAUUAUUAGCUAGAUGUGAUAACAAAGAGGAAUAACGUUACUGUAACUUCAUUUUCAUUUCAUUUUAUUGAUUUCAUAUAAAUGGUGAGUUCCAGUUGACUUAUGGUGCCCUAAGAAGUGGACUACACAAGAUAGUCAGCCAUCUGAACUGCCAAAUGCAUAAAAAGUGCAUCAAUCAAUAUAUCCAUACCAGAAGGGAGAAUGCAUGCAUCUUUCUGCAUGCAAAACGAAGAAUCAAAUUCAAGCAACAAAUUAGUUGACAAAAAAAAAUAUGUUCAAUCUCAAAUGCAAGAUGUUUGAAAACCAUUGCAAAGUGUAAAAAUGUGUCUUCCUUAGAUUUUUUUUUACAUCAAAUGAACAUUUUUGGGUCUUGGAAUGAUUUUCAUAUGGUUCUUUAGACUGAAUCUUGUUUUAAAAGAAACCCUUGUACAUAGAAACGAAGUGUGAGUGUUUUUGUAAGGCAAAGUAUUGUCGUGUUGUGUACCAGAAUUUUCCAAUAAAUUAUGUACUGUCA